AUGUCGGAUGACGAGGAGCUGGUGCUGAACCUGGGCGGUGGCGGCAGUCACGGUUCGGCACACGCCCCUAGGAAGGAUGCGGUCGACAAAUUGGGCCAUUGGCAGCGCAAGAAGGCGAAGCUCAAGAAAGGCAGCAACGACGCGCGGCGCUCGGACAAGUCAGGGGACUUGCCGCAGCGGCACGGCCGCGGCGACUCACUGCGCAAGGUGCAGGCGGGGUCCGCGGAGAAACGACGCGGGCAUGAAAAGCGCGCUGAUCGAGAACGGAGGGAGGGGAGGAUGAACGAUGCAAUGGGGCACAAAUCGACGAAGAACAAUGGUCUGGGCGGCGCGGCUGCCCGGCAUCCUGGCAGCACAGGGGCGCCACAGCCAGGCCCGGCGACUCCGCAGCACGGCCCUCGGAGCGACGGAAAGACGGGCCCGAGACGCGCGGCCGCGCACGACGGCGUCACGCCGGGCGGAGCUAGCGUGCGCGCCGCUGUGCCGAAACCCUCAAAGAGGAAAAAGCAGCCGGUCGUGGCGCCCGUCAGCAACGAAGAGAGCGAGGACGAGUUGGACAAGUUCGUGCUCGACGGGGACGCAGCCGCGUCGAUCGCCGCCAUGGUCACAUCCACGCAGGCGCGCGACGCCGCGCUGGAGCAGGCCGCGAACCGCGCGGGGCCGCUCGACGGGCCAUCCUCGCACGAUGACGAUGCCAGUGACUCGGAGGAGGCGCCUGCGGGCGUGGUGACCUUCGACGACAGCCGGCCCGCUGGUCGCCCGCGCGGUGCCGCGCUGCGGCGACCUGGCGAGCUCAUGCGGGCGGGCGACGUCGGGCUGGCCAACGCCGCGGGCAUGUUUGGCGACGAGGGGCACGCCCCCGCUGCUGGCGCGUCAGGGCCCUGGGCGCGACUCGGGCUGUCCGGCGCGCUGUGCAAGCACGUGGAGAGCCUGGGUUUUGAGAAGCCGACCUCGGUGCAGCAGUCUGCGAUUCCGCCGAUCCUUGCCGGGAGGGACGUCCUGGUCAACGCGCCCACUGGCUCCGGGAAGACGAUGGCCUUCCUGCUGCCCAUCGUCCACGAACUGUCGAUGCAAGAGCCGCGCAUUUCGAGACGGGAGGGGACGCACGCGAUCUGCAUCGCGCCGACACGGGAGCUGGUGAUGCAGAUCCACGACGUGCUCGCCAUGCUCUUGCGCCGCUUCCACUGGCUCGUGGGCGGCUGCGUGUUGGGCGGCGAGAACCGCAACAGGGAGAAGGCGCGCCUCAGGAAGGGCGUCACGAUCCUCGUGGCAUCUCCAGGACGCCUGCUGGACCACCUCGAACUCACGUCGAGCAUGCUCACGGACGAGCUGCGCUGGUUGGUGCUGGACGAGGGCGACCGGCUGCUCGACCUUGGGUUUGCGGAGAAACUCCGGCGGAUCGUGGUGCUGCUGGACGAGCGGGUGGCGAAAAAGGAGGGCAGCCGGUACCAGCGCGUGCUGCUCUCGGCCACACUGCACGAGCACUUGUCUUCCCUCGCGGACAUGUCGCUGCACAAGCCUGUCGCGGUCGGGUUCAAACUCGAGGGUUCCAGUGGCGGGGCGCUGAAAGUAGUGGCAGCGACGGAGCCGCGGAAACUCGAGGACGAGCAGGGGCGAGCCGAGGUGCAGCCCCGGGGCGAGCGUCGCGGCCUCGACAGCACGAGCUUGUUCAUGCAAGUGGGCGCUACAACAGAAGCAGCCCCCGGCGGAGAGCCUCCAGCCGCGGCUCCCCAGGCCGACGUGGAGACCCCGUCUAAGCAGCGCAAGCAGAGGGACGAUGGCGGGGGGCAGGAGUACCGCAUUCCGAAGCAGCUGCAGCAGAAGUUCCUGGAGGUGCCGUCCAAGCUGCGCAUGCCGGCGCUCGUGGGUCUGCUGCGGUCGCAGUGGUCCGGCGGGCAGUCGAAGAAGAAGAUCGUGGUGUUCGUGUCGAGCUGCGACGGGGUGGAGUUCCUGCACGCGGUGCUCGCGCGAGUGUACGGGGCCGCUGUGCAAGCCGUGCAGAGGAAACGGACGGGGGGCGCGCAGGACGACGACGAUGAAGCCGAGGAGAUGGGCAUCGAUGACUUCGAUGUCGACGACGAGAACCGCGACCACGUCAAGGCCAUGCUGCAGCGGGGAAAGAAACGGAAGCGUGAUCAGGACUCCUCCAAAGCAGCAGGCAACGUGCCGACGCUCCUGCCGCCCAACGUGCCCCUCCUGAAGCUCCACGGCAACAUGCCGCAGGGGCAGCGGACGAACGUGUUUUUCAAAUUCGUCCGCGCCCCGUUCGGGGUGUUGAUCUGCACGGACGUGGCUGCGCGCGGCCUGGACUUCCCAGCGGUCUCAGGCAUCGUGCAGUACGACCCGCCCGGCGAACCACAAGAGUAUGUCCACCGGGUCGGACGAACAGCGAGAAUGGGCCAAGCCGGGGAGGCGUUCAUGAUACUCCAGCCGAGCGAGCUGGACUACACGUCACUCCUGGAGGAGCGCGGGGUCACGUUGCAGCGGCAGUCAGUGUCUUCGAUCCUCAAACACCUCCCCAAAGAACUCCUCGACGACCGGAUGCGUGCCCGGAAGAAGGUCAAGGGAAGCACCAAAGGCGGGGGUGUGCCGCAGGACCAGUACAUGGCGGCUGCACUCUUGAUGUCACACAUCACAGACGAGAUCGCGAAGGACCACGACCUGCACCGCCUGGCGCAGGCGGCCUUCCGCAGCUACGUCAAAGCAUACGCAGUCCAUCCCGCGAGCGUCCGCCACAUCUUCCACGUCAAGCACCUCCACCUGGGCCACGUCGCUCACUCGUUCGGCUUGAAGGACAACCCGACGUUGGUCGGGCAGUCUCUGACGAAGGAGCAAGCGAAGAAACGCAAGAAGCUCGAGGCGGUGGCGAAGAAGCGCAAGACGCUGUCGCGCGCGCGGCGCAUCGAGGCCUUGGAAGCCCAGGGGAAGCAGUGA